AAAAAUAAAGGGGGGUGGCCCGUGGGCUGUUCCUCGCUUUACCAACACGCUGCUUGCAUAGUGUCUCAACCACUACCGGUUUCUCUGAUAUCACCGGUUCCGAGUCUCACCAGUCGGUAGUUAACAUCAACAACCCGCUAUUUCAUCAGAAUCAUCAUGAGGCUUUCUACACUUCGCCAUGCCUGCCGCAAUUUACCGACCCCAUCCGUACACCAACCUCGUACGGGAGUCCGGGUGUUCGGCUUGGCGAAGAGUUCCCUACCGCUAGGUCCAUCCAGCAACAGCCAGUUGCUUCUCCGGGCUGCUAGUUCCGUAAGCGGCACUACCUCCGCGGAAAAAGCGCCCAAGUUAGGAAAGCAAACGGAUGGACCGGGCUACGAAAACACUAUCAGUUUCUCUUGCAGGGAGAAUGUUCAAAGGACCAAAGAGGAGAUGGUGGCUUUGCAGAGGGGCCACCCUGCACUCAAACCUACGCUGGCUAUCAUACAGGCAGAUGAGGAUGACCGUUUACUGGAGCUCAACAAGAAGAUGGCUGGAAAGAUUGGCCUGAACGUUACUCAGAUCUGCUUGCCCAGAGAAUGCACUGAAGAUGAGAUUAUAGAGGAGGUGUUGAAGCUGAAUGAGGAUCCCAGGGUGCAUGGUGUGUACCUCCACCUCCCCCCUGCCUCCCUCACCAGCCGGGUCCUCAACACACUCAGACCAGAGAAGGACGUGGAUGGUGUGUCAGACCUGAAUGUGGGGAGGCUGGUGCGAGGAGAUAUGAACCAGGGCUUCAUACCCCCCCUGGCCAACGCUGUCAUGGAGCUGCUGGCCAGACAUGACACCCCUAUGGAGGGGAGGACCGUGUUGGUGGUGGGGGGUGAAGGACCCCUUGGGGUGGCCCUGCAAUGCCUGAUGCAGAGAAGAGGUAUGGUGGUCCUCCACAGCCGGAGGAGCUCUGAGGUUCUACAGAAACAGGCGAACGCUGUAGUCCUGUUGGCUGCGGGGCAUAUGGAUGUCCCUCCCACAUGGCUGAGACCUGGGACUGCAGUCAUCCACUGUGGCUCCGCUCUUAUGACAGAAGAUCAUGGAAUGGAGAUGUCUGGAGUGGGACCCCUAACAGCAGCCCUCCGGAUGCAGAACGUGGUGCAAAGCAGCAGUCGUUGGGCCCAGGGACAACAGUACAGACCCUGGACACUCCGCAGCCUCAAGCUGCAGCCACUGUCACCUGUACCCAGUGACAUAGAGAUCUCCCGUGCCCAGACCCCUAAGCCUGUGGACCAGCUGGCUCAAGAGAUAGGCCUGCUGCAGGAAGAGACUGAGGCCUAUGGCAGAACCAAAGCUAAGGUCCGCCUCUCACUCUUGGAUCGCCUCAGAGAACAGCCUGAUGGGAAAUAUGUGUUGGUGGCUGGUAUCACUCCGACCCCCCUGGGGGAGGGUAAAAGCACGGUGGUCAUUGGCCUGGUCCAGGCGCUCUCUGCCCACCUCAAGCUCAACUCCUUCGCCUGCCUCAGACAGCCCUCUCAGGGGCCCACCUUUGGAGUCAAAGGGGGUGCCGCGGGAGGGGGAUAUGCCCAGGUCAUCCCUAUGGAGGAGUUCAACCUCCAUUUGACAGGUGAUAUCCAUGCAAUCACUGCAGCCAAUAACCUGGUGGCUGCUGCCAUUGAUGCCCGGAUGCUGCACGAGGCCACCCAAAAAGACAAGGCUCUGUACAGCAGACUGGUCCCCUCAGUGAAUGGAGUCAGGCGCUUCUCUCCCAUACAGAUUGCCAGGCUACGUCGUUUGGGCAUCAGUGAGAUUGACCCCAGUGCUCUCAUGCCCCAGGAGGUCAGCUCCUUUGUCCGUCUCGACCUCGACCCCGCCAAGGUCACCUGGCAGAGAGUGGUUGAUACCAACGAUCGUUUCCUGAGGAAGAUAACUGUAGGACAGGCCAGCACUGAGAAAGGACAUGUGCGAGAGACCCAGUUUGACAUAGCGGUGGCCAGUGAGAUCAUGGCUAUCCUGGCCCUGGCUGAUGGACUGGGGGACAUGAAGACCAGACUGGGACGUAUGGUGGUGGGCAGCAGCCGCAGUGGACAGCCCGUCACAGCAGAGGACCUGGGUGUGAGUGGAGCACUCGCGGUGCUCAUGAAGGAUGCCAUCAAGCCUACCCUUAUGCAGACCCUAGAAGGUUCUCCAGUGUUUGUCCACGCGGGGCCAUUUGCCAACAUCGCCCAUGGCAACUCCUCGGUGCUGGCAGACAAGCUUGCAUUGAAGCUGGUAGGAGAGGACGGAUUUGUAGUGACUGAGGCUGGUUUUGGGGCAGACAUCGGGAUGGAGAAGUUCUUCAACAUCAAGUGCAGGGCCUCGGGGCUGAGGCCCAACGUUGUCGUCCUGGUCGCCACGGUCAGAGCAUUGAAAAUGCAUGGAGGCGGUCCCAAUGUCUCAGCUGGCUCACCUCUACCAAGAGAGUACAUAGAUGAGAACCUGAGUCUGGUGGUGAAGGGCUGCAGCAGUAACCUGAGGAAACAGAUCCAGAUAGCCCACCUGUUUGGAGUCCCCGUGGUCGUGGCUCUCAAUGUCUUCAAGACUGACACCCAGGCUGAGAUCGACCUGGUGUGCCAGAUGGCCAAGGAGUCUGGGGCGUCAGAUGCCGUGCCGUGUCAUCACUGGGCGCGGGGUGGCCGUGGCUCGGUGGAGCUGGCCCAGGCAGUGAAGCAGGCCGGCAGUCAGCCCAGCCACUUCCAGUUCCUCUACAGCCAAGAGACCCCCAUAGUGGAGAAGAUUAGGAUGAUAGCCCAGAAGGUGUAUGGGGCUGAUGACAUUGAGCUGUCUCCAGAGGCCCAGGCCAAGAUAGACUAUUACAACCAGCAGGGUUACGGGAAGCUUCCAAUCUGCAUGGCCAAGACCCACCUGUCCCUGUCACACUUGCCUGAGAAGAAGGGCACACCCACUGGCUUCACCCUGCCAAUCAGAGACAUCCGCGCCAGCAUCGGGGCAGGAUUCAUCUACCCAUUGGUGGGAACGAUGAGUACUAUGCCAGGCCUGCCCACGCGACCCUGUUUCUAUGACAUCGACCUCGACCCAGUUACAGAGGAGAUCACUGGGCUCUUCUGAGCAUGCUUCAGAACAAUCACCCAGGCUCUGUGAAAGACCCUCCUGCCCUGUGGGGAGCAUGGCGAGGAGGAAGAGCCCUACACCUUCCAUGGAAGAUGCUUAACCCUUCUAAUGGCACUUCCUACCUACAGGGUUCCACAACGCCACUGCAAAGGCUGGGGUCACUCUUUUGCACAUCAACGAUAUUAAACCAAAUAAGGCCUAACCAUGCUGUAUUUCUGUUAACUGUAACCCCUUAAAAAUGAGGGAAAAGAUUUUGUUACUUUUUAAAUUUGUUUACUGAGAUGAACUACUAUAAUAUCUCAUGUCAUGGUGCUGGUUUUAUUGUUUUCAUUUUUCUUAAUGUGGCUUUUAUUUAGUGUAAUGCAGUACAAGUGCUUGUGUAUUUAUGCACUAAAUUCAUGUUGUACGCACAAGUUGUUUUAAAUGUGGUUAUCUAACCUCGUCUAACAUUUCUUAAUCCACUACAUCCUGCUAAAUGUCACAGGAUGGCUGUUACACAGUUUGGUUACUAGCUGACGCUCUACUUCUACUUAAUGCUGUUUAAUUAGAUGGAUUGUGGAAAACCAUGGUUUUCUACCAUAUAACAACUGUGCCUUUUUAAAAUAAACGAUUUUAUUUACUCUACA